AGUCAGCUGUCAUCCUGAGCUAGCGGCAGCGGGAUGGCAGCGGCCUCGGGGUCUUCGGACUUGGCCGGCUCCGGAGCGCCUUCGCCUGGCGGGGGAGUACAGGCGGCGCCGGCUGAGGAGGAGGAGCGGGAGGUGGUACGGGUCCGAGUCAAGAAGUGUGAGAACUUCUUGCCGCCUGAGUUCCGGUCCUUCGCUGUCGACCCCCAGAUCACAUCUCUGGAUGUAUUACAGCAUAUCCUCAUCCGAGCUUUUGACUUAAACGGGAAAAAGAACUUUGGCAUCAGCUACCUGGGCCGGGAUCGUCUCGGGCAGGAAGCAUACCUCUCACUCCUAUCUGACUGGGACCUGAGCACGGCCUUUGCCACUGCCUCCAAACCUUACCUACAGUUGCGUGUGGAUAUCCGGCCCACCGAGGACAGUCCACUACUGGAAGACUGGGACAUAAUCAGUCCCAAGGAUGUCAUUGGCUCCGACGUGCUGUUAGCUGAGAAACGGUCAUCGCUGACGACAGCUGCCCUACCCUUCACACAGUCCAUCCUCUCUCAGGUGGGUCGCACCUUAUCUAAGGUCCAGCAGGUGCUAAGCUGGUCAUAUGGAGAAGAUGUCAAGCCUUUCAAGCCACCCUUGAGUGAUGCUGAGUUUCACAUGUACCUGAACCAUGAGGGUCAGCUCUCCCGCCCUGAGGAAUUGCGCCUGAGGAUCUAUCAUGGUGGGGUUGAGCCCUCCCUGCGAAAGGUGGUGUGGAGGUACCUGCUGAACGUUUACCCAGAUGGGCUGACAGGCCGAGAGCGGAUGGACUACAUGAAAUGCAAGAGCCGCGAGUAUGAGCAGCUGAAAAGUGAAUGGGCCCAGCGGGCAAGCCCCGAGGAUCUGGAGUUUAUCCGCAGCACAGUCCUCAAGGAUGUGCUGCGAACCGACCGGGCUCACCCCUACUAUGCCGGGCCUGAGGACGGCCCCCACCUGCGGGCACUACAUGACCUGCUUACCACCUACGCUGUCACCCAUCCACAGGUGUCCUACUGCCAGGGUAUGAGCGACCUGGCCUCACCCAUUCUCGCCGUCAUGGACCACGAGGGCCAUGCCUUUGUCUGCUUCUGUGGCAUUAUGAAGCGCCUGGCUGCAAACUUUCACCCGGAUGGCCGUGCCAUGGCCACCAAAUUUGCUCACCUCAAGCUGCUGCUGCGGCACGCCGACCCUGAAUUCUACCAGUACCUGCAAGAGGCGGGCGCAGAUGACCUCUUCUUCUGUUACCGGUGGCUGCUGCUCGAGCUGAAGCGUGAGUUCGCCUUCGACGACGCCCUCCGCAUGCUCGAGGUCACCUGGAGUUCCCUGCCCCCGGAUCCUCCGGAACAGGAAGUUGAGCUCGUUGGACCCCCCAACCAGAUAGCCGACUCUGGCUUCAGUAGCCACAGAGGGCGACCUAUGCGACAGAGGCACAUGCUAAGGCCUGCUGGUGGAGAGGGUGGUGCCUUUGAGGAUGCUGUUAAUCACUUGGGCACAGCCAGCCAGGGGCCUGGAACCGGGGGGCGUCUACUGAGACAAGCCAGCCUCAAUGACCUCCAGCAAUUCAGGGAUAACACAGGCACAAGGAGGGACCCCCUGGUCCAGUUGCCAUGCUCAACAGCCCUCAUCAGCUCUAAGUCCCUCUCCGAGCCCUUGCUGAACUCCCCAGACCCCCUGCUCUCCUCCUCUUCCCGACCUGACUCCCCAUCCUCCUCGUCACCACCAUCUACCCAGGAGGCCUCUCCCGCUGGUGAUGUGGCUGCCGGAUCCCCCUUGAUGCAAGAGGAGGCCUCUCCUCAGGACCCUGGGAAGUCCCUGCCACCCCCGCCACCAUUAGGCCUGCCCCCACCCCAGGAGUUUGGCCGGGGGAACCCAUUCAUGCUCUUCCUCUGCCUCGCCAUCCUGUUGGAGCAUCGGGACCACAUCAUGCGCAAUGGGCUGGAUUACAAUGAGCUGGCCAUGCACUUCGACCGCCUUGUGCGAAAGCACCACUUGGGCCGCGUCCUCCGCCGGGCCAAGGCUCUCUUCGCUGAUUACCUGCAGUCGGAAGUGUGGGACUCUGAGGAGGGGGCUGAGGCCACCGCCCCAUCUUGAUCAGGCUCUCUCCAGCUAACACUUCAGCCCCACCAGGUCUCCGUUCUCAACCAUCAGGGCCUACACGUGAGAUUCCACCUCCUUGCCUGCCAACCCUACUAGACCUGUUGGGAGUGUGGGGCCCGCUCCCCAGGCCUGAGUGUGUGGGACACUACUUAGGCACUGCCCCAGGGAGGCCACAGCCUCUAUCUCUGGUUUUGUUUUGUCUUGUUUUUAACAACUGUACUUUGCACACAUGAAAGUCA